AUGGGGGGAUUGUCCCCCCCGGCCCCACCCGGCCCGCUGUCCCCAUCCCCGCCGUCUCUGUCCCCUGGCCGCCAUGUCCGCGCCGUCCCUGUCCCCCCGGUGUCCCCGGUGUCCCCGGUGACUCGCGUGUCCCCCCAGCAGAUCCUGAGCACGGUGGAGGCGCAGGCCCCCGGCGCCGCGGGGCCGUCGGGCUGCGGCCCCGUGCCCGUGCCCGUGCCCGUGGUGGCCGUGCCAGGCCCGGGGGUGGCGGCGGCGCUGCCCAACGGGGCCCCCCCGGGUCCCCCGCCCGUGGCCGACGACAGCAAAACCAACCUGAUCGUCAACUACCUGCCGCAGUCCAUGAGCCAGGAGGAGCUGCGCAGCCUCUUCGGCAGCCUCGGCGACAUCGAGUCCUGCAAGCUCGUGCGGGACAAGGUCACCGGGCAAAGCCUGGGCUACGGCUUCGUCAACUACGUGGAGGCCGGCGACGCCGACCGGGCCAUCGGGGCCCUCAACGGCCUCAAGCUGCAGACCAAGACCAUCAAGGUGUCCUACGCCCGGCCCAGCUCGGCCUCCAUCCGCGAUGCCAACCUGUACGUGAGCGGGCUGCCCAAGGCCAUGGGGCAGAAGGAGAUGGAGCAGCUCUUCUCGCAGUACGGCCGCAUCAUCACCUCCCGCAUCCUCGUGGACCAGGUCACGGGCGUGUCGCGGGGGGUGGGCUUCAUCCGCUUCGACAAGCGCGUGGAGGCCGAGGAGGCCGUGCGGGGGCUGCACGGGCAGAAGCCCCUCGGGGCCGCUGAGCCCAUCACGGUCAAGUUCGCCAACAGCCCCGGGCAGAAAUCGGGGGGGGCCCUGCUGAGCCUCUGCCCCGGGGCCCGGCGCUACGGGGCCCUGCACCCCCCCCCGCAGCGCUUCCGACUGGACAAUUUGCUGAACGUGGCGUAUGGGGUGAAGAGGUUCUCCCCGCUGGCCAUCGAGGCGGUGCCGGCGCUGGCCGGGGUGGGCUUGGGGACCCCCGGGCCGGGCUGGUGCAUCUUCGUCUACAACCUGGCGCCCGAGGCGGACGAGAGCGUCCUGUGGCAGCUCUUCGGGCCCUUCGGCGCCGUCACCAACGUCAAGGUCAUCCGCGACUUCGCCACCAACAAGUGCAAGGGCUUCGGCUUCGUCACCAUGACCAACUACGAGGAGGCGGCCAUGGCCAUCGCCAGCCUCAACGGCUACCGCCUGGGCGACCGCGUGCUCCAGGUGUCCUUCAAGACCACCAAGCAGCACAAGGCCUGAGGGACCUUCAGGGACCCCCAUGGAGACCAUGGAGAAACCCAACUGGACCCUGGGGACCUUCAGGGACCCCUGUGAGCACCAUGGAGGAACUCAGCUGGAGAUCUCGGGGACCCCCACGAGCACCAAACACAUCCUGGAGACCUCAGGGUCCCCCCAUGGGCACCGUGGAGACCACGGAGAAAGCCAGCUGGAGACCUUGGGGAGCCUCAGGGACCUUCAGGGACCCCCAUGAGCACCAUGGAGAAACCCACAGGAAGACCUGGAGACCUCAGGGUCCCCCCAUGGAGACCACGGAAGAACCCCACUGGAGACUUGGGGACCUUCGGGGACCCCCACGAGCACCAAACACCUCCUGGAGACCUCAGGGUCCCCCCCAUGAGCACCAUGGAGACCAUGGAGGAAGCAGAUUUCAGGUCCUGGGCACCCCCUCCAUGGACAUCCUGGGGUCUCCAUGAUGGACAAACACACCUGGAGACCUCGGAGAUCGUGGGGACACCCCACAGACACCGUGGAGACCCCGGGGAGCCCCCCUCCAUGGCCGCUGAGGACACCGUGGGGACACCUGGACGCCCUCACCUGUCCCCGACGGGCACCCUGAGCACUCCUCCAGGCGCUGCAGGGCACUGGGAGGGGCCCUGGAGACCCCCCAGGACACUGUGGACACACCUGGGACCCCCCCAGCCCGGGGUACCCCCCCAAACCCCACCACUCCGGCAGUGGCCGGACCACCUGGAGCGGUGCCCCCCCCUCACCUGAUCCAGGUGUGUCCAGGUGGGGGCUGUGCCCCCCCUGCCCUCCACUCCAGGACUCCAGCGGGGAGGGGGGGGCGGCGUCUUCUCGCUCUCUCCUUCUUUCCAUGUUUUUCCUUAAUUUUCCGGGGGAGGGGGAGGAAUUUUUGGGGAGGAAGAACAAAAAUGAGGAUGCAUCACGUGUUUAAUCAGACCCGUUACCCGUUUAUCAGGUAAGGAGGAGCGUGGCUGGCGCCGGGAGCGGUGACUCCUCGGGAGCCGCCGACCCAAAUCCAUCUAUUUUUAUAGCAGAAUAUUAAAAAUAUCCCCCGAAAUCCCCAAAAUCGCCUUUCCAGAGGGGGCGAGAACCUGUUUUGUGCUCCCCGAGCUCCUUGGAAGCAGCUUGUGAACCCCCAAGAGCGAUCAAGGCAACUUCUGGGGGGUCAAUGGCACUAAAAUUCCAGGGAUUGCUCUGGUACCCCCAAAACUGGGAGGGAGGGGAUGUGUCUUGUCACACUUCCCCCCCCCUUCCCAAAUUCUCCAAAAUGGGCAAUUUUUGCCUCAAAUUACUCCACUUGGAGCCUCCUGUCCAAAAAAAUAAGGGCGGAACCCCACCUGAAAAGCCCCAACCCUGAGUUCCCCCAUACUCCUUAUCAUCGUUAUUAUUCUUAAUUAUUCUUAAUUAUUCUUAAUUAUUCUUCUUAUUAAUUAUUAUUGAUGUUGUUGUUAUUAUUAUUAUUAUUAUUAUUAUUAUUACUAUUAUUGCGAUUCUUAUUUAUUUUCCCUUCGCCGUAGGGAUAAUUUCUCACUUUUCAGUGGUUUGUUUCCCAUUUAUUUCCUAUUCUUCCCUGCUUUUACCCUGAUCCUGGUACUCCCCGGGACCCUCUUUUUUCCCCCCAGACCCUUCCCCAAAACCCAUCCCAGCUCCUGGUUUUUUUGUGUCGUGCCUGUGUGAAGCUUCUUGUAGUUUUAAUUAUUAUUAAUAUAAAUAUUUAGGAGCGACCCCCGUGUCCAGAUCCGC